AUCUAAGUUCAGAGAAGAUAAUUCUAAAUACUUUGAAGACCUUAUGGCUGCAGAUACUCAUGCAUCUACUAAAAAGCUAGGAGUGUACUCUAACAAGGAGGCCAAUAUCUACAGAUUCAUUGAUACAUCAAGAAAUUCCAAAGCAGCAAAGGCUAUUUACUCCUCAAUUUCAGCUAAGCCAGUACUAUAUGGAGUGGUAGAAUACUGUUUUUCAGGCCAGAGGUUCAAAAUCAGAGUAGAUUCUGAAAACUGUUCAAUUGCUUUCGGUCUUAUUGGAGUAAAAAUUCCUCAGCCAGAUGCAAACUCUCCAACUCUGACUAAUAUCAGUGAGUUGGCUAAGAAUUAUGCCAAGAAUGUCCUCCAUCAAAGAGAUGUAGCCUUGAACAUCAAGUACAUGGAUAAAAGAGGAUCAUUCUUAGGAAACCUAUGGAUGCUGAGUGGACCAAAAGCUAAAGGUGACCAUUUCGGUAAAAAUAUCCUCAGAAAAGGAUAUGGCAACAUUCAGGAAGAUAAUGUAGACAAAAUAGAUGAUUAUGAAGAUCUUGAAGAAGCAGAGAAAAUUGCUGCUGGAGAGCAACUUGGAGUUUGGCAACCAGAUGUCUCAGCAAGAAUGACUCUCGCUACUGGAGACGAUUAUGAUGCUAUCACCGAUGAUAUUAUGUCUGGAACCGUCGUUGAUAUGCAAGAUGCUUCAAACUUUUACAUCAACCUCUCUAAAGAUCAAGAAAAAUUAGAAAUAAUUUCUAAGAAGCUUUCUGAGUAUGAUGACUCUUCUCAUGAAGUUCUCUCUCAUCCUAUCAAGAAUGGUACUAUUUGUGCUGCAAAGUUCAAAGAUGAUGGAAACUGGUACAGAGGAAGAGUUGAUAGCUCAAUUCACUCAAACGAUGAGCAUCUCUAUGAAAUCUACUUCAUGGACUAUGGAACUAAGAACGAUAUCUCUAUUGAUAACUUAAAGAAGAUUGAUGACGAUCUCAUCCAAUAUCCACCACUUGCUCAUAGAUGUACUCUCGCAUACUUGAGUGUUCCAAAGGGCAGCCAGACUUUCGGAAAUAAUGCCUCUGAGAUGUUCAAAGAACAUCUUUGGGGUAAAGAAUGCUCUAUUUCUUUCUAUGACGAAGAUGAUUAUCAGUAUUAUGUUGUUAUCAACAGUGGUAAAGAAGCUAAGGUUAAUGAAUCCAUCAAUGCUUACCUCUUAAACGAAGGAUUUGCCAAGAUCACUAACCCUGAAUCUCUCCCUGAAGAACUUAUGGAAUGGAAAGAUUACGAACAAGACGCUAAAGAUGAACAAUUAAACAUUUGGGAAAUUGGUGGAGUUGAUGACCAACAAGAUUAAAUAGAAAUAAAUAAUUAUUUC